AUGAGACGCUCCACGGAAUGGACAAUACGUGCCACUUAUAUAACCUCUACGCUUUUUGGCGUAACUUCGCUGUGCUAUGUUGAAACUACUGGAGAAGUCUACACCAAACCUUUGGUGACCAUUUACAGCGCCUUGGCAAACAUUGGCAUGUUGGUACUUGUACCACAUUUUCUGCGUUUCGACUAUUAUUCACCCUCUUUGCCCAUACAAAUCAAUUCGUUGAUGUUCGUUCUGAAAGCUGCAAGUUCUAUAGUUACAGUUAUCAUAAAUUGGACCAAACGAGAAGUUUUCGUAAAAACCUUAAAUGAGUUAUCCACCGCUCGUCUCAAGUUUAUGCGUCGAUGGCCUUUGAGUGAAAAAAUUAAACAAAAAUAUGAUAAAACUCUAAGACGCAAGUUACUUUUGGGUUUUCUGUCAAUGGUGGGCAUAAUGCUUGGAUCCAUUGAAUAUGUGCAGCUUGAAUUAAAACUGAAAAGUUUCUAUAUGAUAGUGGCCGCUGUUAUAGUGGGCAUCAUUGUCAAUAUGGUCAUGUUGAAUUACUUCCUUAGCAUAACCAAUUUGAAUGUAAUUGUGUGGGCCAUUAACGAGGAAUUGGAAAAAAUCAUUCAAGCCACCCAUCAACUAUGGAACUUAAGGAUUAUAGGACAAAUAGAACCAGGAGCCUUGAUAACCCAAUGCUGUAAAUUAUCUGCAAAUUUGGAUGAGUUGGCUGUUACCCAACAUCAUUUGCAUUUGUUGGGAAAUCGCAUUAACCGCAUGUAUGACAUUCAAACUGCUUGCGUUUUAAUAAUGGUCUAUUUAAACAAUAUGUUGGCAUUGUAUGCGUGCUAUCCAACAAAGCAAAAAACUGAAAUUUUGAACGAGUACAGCAACUGGUCUAUGACACUGUUGCCCUUUAUGAUGAUGCUGUACUACAUCGAUUUGGCCUUGUUCAUAAAGGGAAUGAAUAAUUUCGAAGAGUCCUUCAUGGCCACCGCCAAAUUGUUAAAAGAGCGCCAAAUAUUUUAUCCGGCAUUGGAUAUGAGAUUGGAGGAAAGUGUAUUGUUACGGGAUUUGGUAUUAAUAAGGGACAAACAACGUUUUUCUGACGAUUUGCUAUUUUUGGGGCCAUUUCGUUUUGCUUUGAAUCACAAAGAUGUGUCAUUAUAA